AAUUUAUAGUCUAAUUGACGUUUAAUCUUCCAGUAUUUUGGGGAAAUCGGUUGAAUAAAAUUCGCAUUCAAAAUGUCGAAGCACUACCACGGGAACCAAUUCGAAGAUGCCUUCGUGCCUAGCAUGAUACAAAAUUACAUAGUUAAGAAAUAUUGUUGUGAUAUGCCCAAAACGAAAAUACGGGUAACUAAAGCGAUUUCUAACCCCAGAGGUCACAUCCUGCCCGGAGCGCCGAGACCUGUAGGCAAGGAUGCCAUUAUUGGAUCGCAUUAUAUAGGUACUUGGCAAAUGCCGAAAAAACUAGAUAGGAAAACCUGCAAUAUUAUCAAUGGUAGUGCCGACUUUAGAAAGAGGCUCAUCGAAUGUAGAAAGCAAGCAUUUUUGACCGCGCAGCAAAUUAAACGCAUAGAGGAAAAGAGAGCGAGGGCAGCCGAACGAGAAGCAAUUAAAUUACUGAAGGAAAAAGAAAAGGUAAUUGCUGAAAUGGACAAGAAGGUAGAGGCAGGUGAAAUAGAUCUAAGCAAACUUUGUCCCAUUCAUCAAAUGAACAUUACCUUUGAAUAAAAACAUAAAAUU